CCAAACCAACCAACCAAGAUCCCAUAUCUGGCCCACACGAGCCGGCAACCGUCGGGGCUCGGGCGCACGCGAGCCCGCCUUGCGCGCGCCGCCGCCGCCGCAAUGCUCCGCCUCAAACAGCGCCUCCUGUCCGCCGUCCGCACCGUGGCGCCUCUCGCAGCCGCCUCCCUCCACCGCCUCUCGCUUUCCACCACCACUGCAGCCAGACCGCCAGCCCGAUUCGUCGCCGAGGACUACCUUGUCGCCACCUGCGGCCUCACGCCAGCGCAAGCCCGCAAGGCCUCCAAAUACCUCUCCCGCCUCAGGUCCCCCGUCAAGCCAGACGCCGUACGCGCCUUCCUCGCCGGCAUCGGCCUCCCCAAAGCCGACGUCGCCGCCGCAGUCGUCAGUUAUCCGCCGCUCCUCUGCGCCAAUGUGGACAAAACCCUAACCCCGCGCAUCGCCCAGCUCCGCCAAAUCGGCCUCUCGCCUCCCCAGAUCCCCUGUCUCAUUGCCGUCGUCCCUGAGGUCUUCUUUAGCCCCGUCAAGAUCUCCCGGCUCACAUUCUACCUCUCGUUUUUGGGAUCCUAUGACAGGGUGCACUCCGCCCUAAAGAGGAGCGAUUACCUCCUCCGUCAAGACGUUGAGACUGUUGUCAGGCCCAACAUAGCAUUCCUGCACCAGUGCGGUCUAACUGACUAUGAUAUUGGCAAGCACUUUAUGCUGACCUCGAGGAUGCUCCUAUCGGAGCCACAGCGUGUGAAGGAAAUUGCGGUGCGUGCUGAGGAGCUCGGCGUGCCACGCAACUCUGUGAUGUUCAAGCACGCCCUGCUGGCCCUCUACAGCUUAAAUCCUGUGAGACUCAGUGCGAAGCUGGAUUUCUUGAAGAAGGUUCUUGGAUGCUCUGAGGCCGACCUGUGCAUUUUGGUGCGUAAGUUGCCAACAAUUCUAACAAAGUCAGAGCGUAAGAUCGGCUGUACGGUGGAGUUUCUGAUGGUGGAGGUUGGAUUGGAACCUUUGUACAUCCUGUUCAGGCCUGCAAUGUUCGGUUAUAGCAUUGAGAAGCGGCUGAUGCCCCGGCAUUUUGUCGUAAAGGUUCUGAAGGCGAAGGGGCUGGUGAAAAAAGAUAUUGACUUUUACAACGUGGUUUGUUUGAACGAGAAGAGAUUCACGGAGAAGUUCCUUGUCCAUUAUAACAAGAGUGUUCCAGGGCUCAUAGAUGCUUAUGCUGCUGCUUUCACAGGCCAAGUACCUCCCGAACUAUAACUGUGAGAGAUUGAAAUAGAGAUGUUUUUUUUUAAUCGAGAAAUAGUGAUGUUGAAGGUACACUUUGCCUCACAAGUUGAUAUCUAUUGAUGUGGUAACAUGUUACAGUUUUUUCA